ACCUCAUGCACAAGCGAUCUGGAAGUAGGAACUGUACACAGAAUUGUAAUGAGGCCGUGUUGCAUUCCGGAACAAUUACCCUGUGGGACAUUGCUUCGAUCGUGACGUGGUUGGUGUGGCUAGAAAGAGACGAACUGGUCAUAAUACUGAUAACUUCCUACAGGUCGUUCACUAAGUUAUUAUGGAAUAAUUCAGUUGGUAUUUUAUUCUCAACAGUUAAUAAACCAUUUAUUGCAGUCUUCUCUGGCAUUGAGACCUUUAGGCUGCUGCGCUGGGACACGCCAGUCAUAGCCCCGGGACUGUCUGCGUCAUCAUGAAGUUGUACAGCCUAAGCAUUCUCCACAAAGGAGCGACUAAAUCCAAUCUCCUCAAAUCCGCAUAUGACCUCUCCUCCUUCAGUUUCUUCCAGCGCUCCAGUGUCCAAGAGUUCAUGACCUUCACCAGCGCCUUGAUUGUGGAGCGUUCUGCACACGGCAGCCGAGCCUCAGUCAAAGAACAAGAGUACCUGUGCCAUGUGUAUGUGAGGAAUGACAGUCUGAGUGCGGUGGUGAUAGCAGACAGCGAGUACCCCCAAAGAGUCGCCUUCACACUACUAGACAAAGUGCUAGAGGAGUUCUCCAGGCAAGUGGAAAGUAUAGACUGGCCAUCUGGAAACCCAGACACCAUCAACUACAAAGCCCUGGACAUCCACCUGGCCAAAUACCAGAACCCCAGAGAGGCAGAUGCGAUGACCAAAGUGCAGGCUGAGCUAGACGAGACAAAAAUCAUUUUGCACAACACCAUGGAGUCUUUGUUGGAGAGAGGGGAGAAGCUGGAUGACCUGGUGCAGAAGUCUGAACACCUGGGGAACCAGUCUAAAGUCUUUUAUAAGACUGCACGGAAGCAGAACUCAUGCUGUGAGGUCAUGUGAUGUUGCUGACUGUCCUCUUGGAUAUAUCUCUCUUGGCCUUUCUGCUCAUUCUACAACUUCCAUCGUGCCCCAGCCUCCAGGAGACCGAAUGGCCUCCACUCAGUCUCUGGGAGGGCGCAAGGGAGGGAGGACGUUGGAUCUCUGGAAUUUCUUUACAUGCUUACUGGGGAAGAGGAGAGGAUGUGGGGCUGCGGGACUGGUGGGGUUUCAUCAGGAAGAUAUCAUACGUAUUAGCUUCAUUGUAACAGUUCAAAAGGUGUUUUGAGGAGGUUCAUAGCCAGCCAGGACUUGUUUGUUGUUCAAAAUGUCUUAAACCGUUUCCUGAAUUCAGACUGUAUCAGAGUCUUAAUCUGAGUUUGAACUCAGCUUUCUGGGAGUUUUCAUCUUAUGCUUGGCGUUAAAGAAACCCUGACAAUCUCCCUCUGUACUCAAUGCAGUAACUCGCAGGAUGCUGGUGAUCUCAAUAAGGUCUGGUAGUGACAUUUUAUUUCCUCUGCCCUGUAGAUGACACGGUUUCCUCACAUUCGUGGUUCAGGGCCUGAGACAACAGAACUCCAUAAUCAAAUCCUCUUGAGUUUGUUUUCAAAGCUCAUUUCUACAGGACAUUAAUUGGAUUAGUGUUUUGAUUAUGUAACCUAAUCAAAACAACAAUAUGUAACCCAUUGAUGUUUUGUUGUUCUCUAUGAAGAUGUGAAAACUUUGAAACAUUCCCAGGUUUUUCAAAUUCAUAAAAGUUGAUUGGUAUUGUAGCACAAGCGGGUGAACUUAUGUUGAACUAAAAUGGGGAGCUUAUGUUGAACUAAAAUGGGGUGGCCUGUACUUAGAGCAUUGUGUAGUGAUGUCUACAGAUUCUCAUUGAUAGACAAAGCCUUAUUAAAAUAUGGGGUUAGAUUGAAGUCCCCCUACGUAUGAGUAUGUGUUUGGAAAGUGUCCUAUUGGAGGGGCUCUCUGAUUUUGUAAUUCUAAAGCUGUUGUUUCUAGUCUGGACAAAGGCGUAAGACAUGGCACACAAUGAAUCAGCCACGACCCACCAAUGGGAUUUGCUCCACCAUUGGGUGUUCUGAUGCAGCCUUAUGUCUGCAGCUCUGCCCCCUGUUGGCAGUGUGAACAUAAUACAUCUGGAUUGGAUUUCAAUUCUAACUGAAUGAUCAUGACAACAUAUGUUGGGUAGUUAACUUCACUUUUGGAACAAGGAAAUUACUACAUGCGGUUAUUAUUUCAUGGUGAGCAAUGCUUCUAAUGUUGCAGGUAGAAAUGUAAUGUAUAGAACAGACAAGAUUCCCUUUUCAGCAUAACACUGAAUCGUGUGCGUUUUACAAAUAUUUUUAUCAAUGUAUUCUGUUUCAUUUAACAGGCUCAGCUUUGUGUGCACAACACACUCACAGAUCACUCAUUUUGUUGCGCUCAGUAUUAAACAUACCCAUUUGAUUUUCUUUUUUUUGUGCAGAAAUGGCUUCACCAAUAAGGCCCCUGAGGACUGGAGUUGCCCAUCCCUGCCUUAAUGCAUACUGUAAAAUUAUACUGAACAAAAAAUAUAAAAACGCAACAUGUAAAGUGUUGGUCCCAUGUUUCAUCAGCUGAAAUAAAAGUUCCCACACAGUUUCCAUAUGCACAAAAAGCUAAUUUCUCUAAAAUGUUGUGUACAAACUUGUUUACAUCUCUGUUUGUGAGCAUUUCUCCUUUGCCAAGAUGAUAUGCCACACUUGUCAGGUAAUUGAUUAAGAAGCUGAUUAAACAGCAUGAUCAUUACACAGGUGCACCUUGUGCUGUGGACAAAAGGUCACUAAAAUGUGCUGCAUUGUCACAACAAUGCCACAGGUGUCUCAGUUUUGAGGGAGCGCACCAAAUUGGCAUGCUGACUGCAGGAAUGUCCACCAUAGCUGUUGCCAGAUAAUUGAUUGUUCAUUUCCUUACCAUAAGCCGCCUCCGUCAUUUUAGAAAAUUUGGCAGUACAUCCAACCGGCCUCACAACCGCAGACCAUGUGUAACUACUCCACAUCCGGUUUCUUCACCUGUGGGAUCGUCUAAGACAGCUGAUAAUACAGAGUAUUUAUGUCUGUAAUAAAGCCCUUUUUUGGGGAAAACGAAUUCUGAUUGGCUGUGCCAGGCUCCCCAGUUGGUAGGCCUAUGCCCUCCCAGGCCAACUCAUGGCUGCACCCCUGCCCAGUCAUAUGAAAUCCAUAGAUUAGGGCCUAAUGAAUUUAUUUCAAUUGACUGAUUUCCUUAUAUGAACUGUAACUGGGUAAAAUCUUUGAAAUUGUUGCGUUUUUGUUCAGUAUAUAUUAUGAACUAAACAUCAUAUGUAAAAA